CGCUCAGCAGACGUUACGAACGCAGAAGCCCAACGUAGAAGUGCUAAACACCCACAUGCCUACUCAGACACCGACGGAAGAGCGACACAAAAGUUGGAACGCCGACCGCCAAGCUGCCCGACUCCGACACAACGACGGUUGCGAGCCUGCGAUGCUUGGCCGCCUUCCGACAGGUGCCCGGCCCUGCCCAUUCAGACUGGACCUUCCGCCUGCGCUGCUUGGCCGCCUCCCACAGGUGCCUUGCCCUGCCCAUUCUGAGUGGACCUGCCGCCUGCGGUUCCGAUCCUUCCCAGUUCUCAGAAUCCCAUAAUUGCAGCCACUUCGCCCCUUCACCCUUUCGGCCUCCUGACCUUCAAUUCAAUGCUUUCUGGUAGUUGAUAAUUUGUUGAAGAGUCCAUUACUUGCGGAUUCUUCUAUCUCAUAAAUUUAAACCACAGGAAUUGCAGGUUAAGGCAGCCAUGAAUUUCGCGACCGCAGUUGUUCCCAAAUCCCUGGUGGAGAUCAAAGCGGCUCUCUUUCAAGGCUUCGAGUCAUUCAACCACUUCAAGCACAUCCACGCUCGGCUUCUCCGCUCUGGUUUACACCAAAAUAACUAUCUUCUUAACCAACUGCUGAUGCUUACUCUCAACUCCUUCCACAAUCCUGACUACGCUAAGCUUCUUUUCAGCCAAACCUUAGAACCUAACAUCUUUCUAUGGAACACUAUGAUCCGGGGUUUAGUAAACAACGACUGCUUCGAUUUUGCCAUAGAAGUCUUCAACUCCAUGCGCCAAAUGAGCUAUUUGCCGAACAACUUCACAUUCCCUUUUCUUCUUAAAUCAUGUGCCAGGAUUUCUGAUUAUGAACUGGGGAUCAAGGCUCAUGGCCUUGUCGUGAAAACUGGGUUUGGUGAUGACCCGUUCGUGAGCACCGGGUUGGUUUGUUUUUAUGCAAAAUGCGUGUGCUUACAGGAUGCGCACAAAGUGUUCGAUGGUCUUCCUGAGAAGAAUGUGGUUUCUUGGACAUCGAUCAUGGGUGCAUAUGUAGCUUUCGGAAGGUUUAGAGAAGCUGUUGAUUUGUUCUGCAGGUGUGUGGGGAUGGGUUUGAUGCCAGACAGCUUCAUCCUUGUUCGGGUACUCUCUGCUUGCGGUCAUCUAGGAGAUAUUGGAACCGGUGAGUGGAUACACAGGUAUAUUUUGGACACUUGUGGUCGAAUGAAUGUGUUUGUGAGUACUUCUUUGGUGGACAUGUACUCGAAAUGUGGGAACAUGGAGAAAGCCCGGCAUGUGUUUGAGGAAAUGUCUGAAAAGGAUAUUGUUUCAUGGAGUGCUAUGAUUCAAGGUUACGCUGCGAACGGCCUCCCCAAGGAGGCACUGGAUUUGUUCUACAGAAUGCAAAGGUCAAAUAUGAGUCUUGAUUGUUACUCAAUGGUUGGAGUGUUGUCUGCGUGUGGAAGAUUAGGAGCUUUAAACGUGGGUAUCUUGGCCAGUAACCUGAUCGACAAAAAAGAAUUCCAUCUCAACCCGGUUUUAGGUACUUCACUCAUAGACAUGUAUGCAAAAUGCGGAGAAAUGAGUUUUGCUUGGGCAGUGUUUAAAGAAAUGAAGGUGAGGGAUUGUGUCGUCUGGAAUGCCAUGAUCUCUGGGCUUGCCAUGCACGGCUACGUUAGAUCGUCAUUCUCAUGCUUUGCCCAAUUAGAGAAGCAUGGGAUUCCUCCUGACGGCAACACCUUCAUGGGUCUUCUCUGCGCCUGUACUCAUGCUGGCCUUCUAAAUGAAGGCCGUCGCUUUUUUGACAGCAUGGUCCAGUUGUAUUUCUUGAAACAUGACAUUCAACAUUACGGUUGCAUGGUCGAUCUUCUUGGGCGGGCAGGCAGGUUAGAGGAGGCCCAUUCCUUAAUUACCAGGAUGCCGAUGAAGGCUAAUGCCGUCAUUUGGGGGGCGCUAUUAGCCGGGUGCCGGUUAUAUCGUGAUACAAAGUUAGCGGAGCAUGUUUUAAAGGAACUGAUUAAACUCGAGCCGUGGAAUUGUGGUAACUACGUUCUUCUGGCAAACAUAUACUCAGCCAACCGCAAGUGGAGUGAUUCAGAAAAGAUCCGAUCUGAUAUGAACAAAAUGAAGAUCCAGAAGCUGCCUGCGUGUAGUUGGAUAGAAGUUGGUGGAAAGGUUCACGAAUUUCUUGUAGGUGAUAGGAGGCACCCAAUGUCAGAUCAGAUUCAUGGUAAACUUGGUGAGCUGGAGAAGGGGUUAAGGGAAGCGGGGUACGUUCCAGAGACUGAAUAUGUUCUCUUUGAUAUCGAAGAGGAGGAGAAGGAGUAUUUUGUUGGGUGUCAUAGUGAGAAGCUUGCGGUUGCGUUUGGCUUAAUUAGCAGCACUAAACCUGAUGAUGUGAUCCGGGUGAUUAAAAACCUUCGUAUAUGUGGCGAUUGCCACACAGCCAUCAAACUCAUCUCGAAGAUCACAGCUCGGGAGAUUAUUGUGAGGGACACCAACCGAUUCCAUCAUUUUGUUGACGGGUCAUGCUCCUGUCGAGAAUAUUGGUAGGAAAUUGUCUUAUCCACAGUCACCAUCCAUGAUGUACAAGCGUGAAUUGGUGUGCGCGUUGAGCGAUUAAACCAAAUGCCUUGAGUUCGAUUCCCGUUCGGCACUCAUUUUACAUAUGCCUACAAGUGGUUUGUCAUGACCUUUUUGUCACAUUACCUUGUUAAAGGAACAACUCUGUGACAGGCUGCUAUCAUUUUGAUAAUAAAUGGUUUUGUGGCGGAGACCGAAACUUUAGUUUUGUCGGGGGUGAACUCGUGCGGCAAUAGGAAGUCACCCCCAUCACAUAUCUCUGUUCCAAUGCAAUCAGGUGCAGCAAAAUUGGUAUGAAGGUCUGAGUUUUUCCACAUGGUUCGCGGCACAUAGAGAAAAGCAAAACCAGAGGAUGAAAAGUGAAGAAGGUGUCUUGGCCCGCUCUCUUUCAGAAAUCCUAAGAAUUAUCUCCCCUCUCAAGAGCCUGAUGCCCUGAUGGCGGUGGUUGUAACAGGAUAUCCAGCUUGCACUAUCGUGUAGUGGGAGAAUCAAUUGAAGAGUGAAAAAUGAGUUUAGUGACUCUUAAUUGUUUACAUAAGGGAGUAUUUUUAGAUGGGUAAAUAGACGAGUGGGAGUGAGAGUGGGUUCCUCAUGACCGAUCAGCAUGGGAGGCAUGCAUAGCACAAAAAGAGUGGAUAUUAUUGACGGUGCUGGAGGGAAAAUUGUAUUCACACAUUGAAUGAGCUCUACACUCGUAUAACAGAGUGGAUAUUUGAAUUUAUUGAUGGCGGAAUGAUGCAAAACCUAAGUAGGAUGCUAAUAAGAUUUCUUUGUACUUUGUAUGAGUACUUUCAAGCAAUAAGUGUAGCUAUCUUUGAUAUGAAAAAUGUUUUCAUGAAGUUAGUAUAAUUAUGCUUUAUUUUUCAUUUGGUUGUAGUAUAAAUCGACUUCAGCUUCCUGAAAAUUAGGUAUCAUAAUAGUUGUAUGUUGUAAAUUGUAAUUGUAGGCAAUGAUGCCUUCUGGUGUAAAAGUGUUUGGAAACUAGACUUUGGUAAUUAUAUUUACUUUGAUAAUUAUUUUUUGGUUAUCGUGUUAUUGUAAAAUUCUUCGAUUGCUGGAUUCUAAAUUGUUGUGUAAAAUUAUUAAUUAUAUGGUAACUUUAAA